CUUGCCGGCUCGGGCUCCGCGAGUCCUCCUUUUUGCACACACACGAAUACAAAGAGCCAUACGACCUUCGGAUGCCCGUGGGUCCUGUAGAGUCCCCUCUCCGUUCCUUAGUUUUGGAGUGGUGGGGGGUUUCAUGCCUUCCACCCUCUGAAACCGAGUUCCUCGGGAAGGCCUUCGUAGGCCCACCCUAUGGGGACGGGGUGAGGGUGACCCCCCCAGUGUGUGGGACUAGGGCAGCCCAGGAUCUGCACAGAGAAGGCCCUCUCCACUCUGCAGGACAAGGAGAGGCAGCCAUGGACUGUGUGCGCCUGCACGGCUAGCCCACUGCUCCUUCAGAGAACCCAACCCCGGGUGCCCAGGCUCCUCUGACCACCCUCCAUGAGGAAGGAAAGUGAAUCGAGAGAGGCCAGCGCUUCCUGCGGUCCGGUCGGCUGGGACACUUGCGGAGCAGCCCAGCAGCGUGAGCACCGCCCUUCCCGCCUCGACAGCCAUGUCCUUCAGCGCCACCAUCCUCUUCUCCCCUCCCAGUGGCAGCGAGGCCAGAUGCUGCUGUUGUGCGUGUAAGAACGAGACAAGUGGGGCCAGCUCAGGCUGUCAGGGCGGGAAUCCUCCUCCCAGCACCCCGAUCACGGUGACGGGACACGGCCUGGCUGUCCAGAGCUCCGAGCAGCUCCUGCAUAUCAUCUACCAGCGGGUGGAUAAGGCCGUGGGUCUGGCCGAGGCGGCACUGGGUCUCGCCAGGGCCAACAACGAAUUGUUAAAACGACUCCAGGAGGAAGUGGGUGAGCUGAGGCAAGGGAAGGUACCCGCCACGGAUGAAGACAGGGAGAGUCGGGCACACAGCUCCCCGCUGGAGGAGCCCGGGCCCCUCAAGGAGAGCCCCGGGGAGGCUGGCAGGGCCGUGCCGGCUGCAGAGGAGGAGUGUGACAGUGUGGGCAGCGGCGUGCAGGUGGUGAUCGAGGAGCUGCGGCAGCUGGGAGCGGCCUCGGCGGGGGGGUCCGGACCCCUGGGCUUCGCGGCAGCUCAGAGAGAUGUGCGGCUCCCGGGAUGCGCCCUGACUGCGGGCGAGGGGCCCCCGAUGCUCAACCCCCUGGUGGACGAUUAUGUGGCCUCUGAAGGUGCAGUGCAGCGGGUGCUGGUGCCUGCUUAUGCCAAGCAGCUUUCACCAGUCACACAACUGGCGAUCCAGCGGGCAACCUCAGAGACCGCGCCAGAAAAUGGAACCAAGCUACCGCCAUCCCGCCCUGAGGACAUGCUCAGUGCUGCUGCCGCCCUGGAAGGGACUUUGGAAGAGUCAGGCCCUGGGGGAACUGGGGAGCUGAGACAGUCUCUAGGGUUCACUGCUUCCCCAUGCAGGACCAGAGGGAGUGGGCAGAAGAACUCCAGGCGCAAGCGGGAUCUGGUCCUCUCUAAAUUGGUCCAUAAUGUGCAUAACCACAUCACCAAUGACAAGAGAUUCAAUGGGUCUGAAAGCAUCAAAUCCUCUUGGAAUAUUUCCGUAGUGAAGUUCCUUCUGGAAAAGCUCAAGCAAGAGCUGGUAACAAGUCCCCACAAUUACACUGACAAGGAGCUGAAAGGAGCCUGUGUAGCCUACUUCCUUACUAAGAGGCGUGAGUAUCGCAACUCCUUAAACCCCUUUAAAGGCCUGAAGGAGAAAGAGGAGAAGAAACUUCGAAGUCGCAGAUACCGGCUUUUUGCCAACCGAUCCAGCAUCAUGAGGCAUUUUGGCCCUGAGGACCAACGUCUAUGGAAGGAUGUGACAGAGGAGCUGAUGUCAGAUGAAGAGGACAGUCUUAAUGAGCCAGGUGUCUGGGUGGCCCGGCCUCCCCGUUUCCGGGCCCAGCGCCUCACGCAGCUCUGCUACCACCUGGAUGCCAACUCUAAGCAUGGCACCAAAGCCAACCGUGUAUAUGGGCCUCCCUCAGACCGUUUGCCUUCUGCUGAGGCUCAGCUUCUUCCACCGGAACUUUAUAAUCCUAAUUUCCAAGAAGAGGAGGAUGAGGGAGGUGAUGAGAAUGGCCCCGUCUCCCCAUCUUUUGACCAAGCCCACAAAACCUGCUGUCCUGACUUGAACUCAUUCAUUGAAAUCAAGGUGGAAAAGGAUGAGUGAGAUCUAAAAGCAAGAAUAACUCUGGCAUCUGCCACUCCCCAUGUUCCUGAAAGGGGUGGCCACAGGGCUUCCCAAAAUAACGAGAUGCCUUCUACAGUCUGAAGAAGCAAACCCGCCUCUCUUAACACAGUUUCCGCUGGAAGUGGAAGCUAGCAGCUCUGGUGGGAUAAAAGGAUUUAUUUUCAUGGGGGAAAAAACACCCCCGACUGUGAAUGGCAAGCCCGAAAAUGCUUAUUUACCUAAGCAUAAACAGUGCCUCGGAGGAGCCUAGGAUGAGAAAAGGAGGAGUAUGGGUCAAAGAAACAGGCCUUCUUGACAUGUG